GGGAUUUCCCGGGUAACAGAGAAGCGGCCGCGGCGGUAGAGGCGGCGGAGACGGUUUCUCCAUCUUCCCCCCUCCCCUUCCCCCCUCGGAGUUUCCCUCCCUCCCUCCCUCCCUCCUUCCCAGUCUGGGCACGGGAGCCUGUGACCGCUUCGUUAGCGGAGAGGUAGCUGCCAGUCCGCUUCGGCGGGCCUGUGCCCCGCGCUGUCCUCCGGGCCUCCCUACUGAGCUCGCGGCUCACGCCGAGAGGGACACGCAGUGACGAGCGGCCGGAGCAGCUUUGCGGUUUUAUAGUGCAUCCCUGAGCAUGAGCGCAGAAUGAAGCGGCGUUUGGAUGACCAGGAGUCACCGGUGUAUGCAACCCAGCAGCGUCGGAUCCCUGGCAGCACAGAGGCUUUUCCUCAUCAGCACCGGGUGCUUGCCCCCGCCCCUCCUGUGUAUGAAGCAGUGUCAGAGACCAUGCAGUCAGCCACGGGAAUUCAGUACUCUGUAACACCCAGCUACCAGGUUUCAGCCGUGCCACAGAGCUCCGGCAGUCAUGGGCCCACCAUAGCAGCAGUUCAUAGCAGCCAUCAUCACCCAACAGCUGUGCAGCCCCACGGAGGCCAGGUGGUCCAGAGUCAUGCUCAUCCAGCCCCACCAGUUGCACCAGUGCAGGGACAGCAGCAGUUUCAGAGGCUGAAGGUGGAAGAUGCACUGUCCUAUCUUGACCAGGUGAAACUGCAAUUUGGUAGUCAGCCUCAGGUCUACAACGAUUUCCUUGAUAUCAUGAAGGAAUUUAAAUCGCAGAGCAUCGACACUCCAGGAGUGAUUAGUCGUGUGUCCCAGCUAUUCAAAGGCCACCCUGACCUGAUAAUGGGAUUCAACACCUUCUUGCCCCCUGGAUACAAAAUUGAGGUGCAAACCAAUGACAUGGUGAAUGUGACAACUCCUGGCCAGGUUCAUCAGAUUCCCACCCAUGGCAUCCAGCCCCAGCCUCAACCACCACCCCAACAUCCUUCCCAGCCUUCAGCCCAGUCAGCCCCAGCUCCUGCCCAGCCAGCUCCUCAGCCCCCACCUGCCAAAGUCAGCAAGCCUUCCCAACUACAAGCACAUACUCCAGCCAGUCAGCAGACUCCCCCACUUCCACCAUAUGCAUCCCCACGUUCUCCGCCGGUCCAGCCUCACACACCAGUGACAAUCUCGUUGGGAACAGCCCCAUCCUUGCAGAACAAUCAACCUGUGGAGUUUAAUCAUGCUAUCAACUAUGUUAAUAAGAUCAAGAACAGAUUCCAGGGGCAACCAGACAUCUACAAAGCGUUCCUGGAGAUUUUGCACACAUAUCAGAAAGAGCAGCGAAAUGCCAAGGAGGCUGGAGGAAACUACACUCCAGCAUUGACGGAGCAAGAAGUGUAUGCCCAGGUGGCUCGUCUCUUUAAAAACCAGGAAGAUUUAUUGUCAGAGUUUGGACAAUUCCUACCAGAUGCCAACAGCUCCGUGCUUUUAAGCAAAACAACUGCUGAGAAGGUUGAUUCUGUGAGAAAUGAUCAUGGAGGCACUGUCAAGAAGCCUCAACUGAACAACAAGCCGCAGAGGCCUAGCCAGAAUGGCUGCCAGAUCCGCAGACACCCUACAGGAGCCACUCCUCCAGUUAAGAAGAAACCCAAACUGCUCAAUCUAAAGGAUUCUUCUAUGGCAGAUGCCAGCAAACACGGUGGUGGAACAGAAUCAUUAUUUUUUGAUAAGGUUCGAAAGGCUCUUCGGAGUGCAGAAGCCUAUGAAAAUUUUCUGCGCUGUCUUGUUAUUUUUAACCAGGAGGUGAUUUCUCGCGCUGAGCUUGUGCAGCUAGUCUCUCCUUUCCUGGGGAAAUUCCCUGAGUUGUUUAAUUGGUUUAAAAACUUUCUGGGCUAUAAGGAGUCUGUACAUCUGGAAACUUUUCCAAAGGAGCGAGCCACAGAGGGCAUUGCCAUGGAGAUAGAUUACGCCUCUUGUAAAAGACUGGGCUCCAGCUAUCGAGCCCUACCAAAGAGUUACCAGCAGCCCAAGUGUACUGGACGGACUCCUCUCUGUAAAGAGGUUUUAAAUGAUACCUGGGUUUCCUUUCCUUCGUGGUCUGAGGACUCCACCUUUGUGAGUUCCAAGAAGACUCAAUAUGAAGAACAUAUUUAUCGUUGUGAAGAUGAACGCUUUGAGCUUGAUGUAGUUUUAGAAACCAAUCUGGCAACAAUCCGGGUUCUGGAAGCAAUACAGAAGAAGCUUUCUCGCUUGUCUGCUGAGGAACAAGCCAAAUUUCGCUUGGACAACACCCUUGGGGGCACAUCAGAAGUCAUCCAUAGAAAAGCACUCCAGAGGAUAUAUGCUGAUAAAGCAGCUGACAUCAUUGACGGUCUGAGAAAGAAUCCUUCCAUCGCUGUCCCAAUUGUCCUUAAAAGGUUGAAGAUGAAAGAGGAAGAAUGGCGAGAAGCUCAGAGAGGCUUUAACAAAGUAUGGCGAGAACAAAAUGAGAAAUACUACUUGAAGUCUCUGGACCACCAGGGCAUCAACUUUAAACAGAAUGACACCAAGGUCCUGAGGUCUAAGAGCUUACUCAAUGAGAUUGAGAGUAUCUACGAUGAGAGGCAAGAGCAGGCUACGGAAGAGAAUGCCGGUGUACCUGUUGGGCCCCACCUCUCACUUGCAUAUGAAGACAAACAAAUACUGGAAGAUGCUGCUGCUCUGAUUAUCCAUCAUGUGAAGAGGCAAACAGGCAUUCAGAAGGAGGACAAGUAUAAGAUAAAGCAAAUCAUGCAUCAUUUUAUUCCAGAUUUGCUCUUUGCCCAGAGAGGUGAUCUUUCGGAUGUGGAGGAAGAGGAAGAAGAAGAGAUGGAUGUAGAUGAAGCCACAGGGGCAGCUAAGAAGCACAAUGGUGUUGGGGGCAGUCCCCCUAAGUCCAAGUUACUGUUUAGUAACACAGCAGCUCAAAAAUUAAGAGGAAUGGAUGAAGUAUACAACCUCUUCUAUGUCAAUAACAACUGGUAUAUUUUUAUGCGACUACACCAGAUUCUCUGCCUGAGGCUGCUACGGAUCUGUUCCCAAGCUGAACGGCAAAUUGAAGAAGAAAACCGAGAGAGAGAAUGGGAACGGGAAGUGCUGGGCAUAAAGCGAGACAAGAGUGACAGCCCUGCCAUUCAGCUACGUCUCAAAGAACCUAUGGAUGUUGAUGUAGAAGAUUAUUACCCAGCUUUCCUGGACAUGGUGCGGAGCCUGCUGGAUGGCAACAUAGACUCAUCACAGUAUGAAGAUUCGCUGAGAGAGAUGUUCACCAUUCAUGCCUACAUUGCCUUUACCAUGGACAAACUGAUCCAGAGCAUUGUCAGACAGCUGCAGCAUAUUGUGAGUGAUGAGAUCUGUGUACAGGUGACUGACCUUUACCUGGCAGAAAAUAAUAACGGGGCCACUGGAGGCCAGCUGAACACACAGAACUCAAGGAGCCUCCUGGAGUCAACGUAUCAGCGGAAAGCUGAGCAGCUAAUGUCAGAUGAGAAUUGCUUUAAGCUUAUGUUUAUUCAAAGCCAAGGGCAGGUCCAGCUGACUAUUGAGCUUCUGGACACAGAAGAGGAGAAUUCGGAUGACCCUGUGGAAGCAGAGCGCUGGUCAGACUAUGUGGAGCGAUACAUGAAUUCUGAUACUACCUCGCCUGAGCUUCGUGAACAUCUAGCACAGAAACCAGUAUUUCUUCCGAGGAAUCUGCGGCGGAUCCGGAAGUGUCAGCGUGGUCGAGAGCAGCAGGAAAAGGAAGGGAAGGAAGGAAACAGUAAGAAGACCAUGGAGAAUGUGGAUAGUCUGGAUAAGCUGGAGUGUAGAUUCAAGCUGAAUUCCUACAAGAUGGUAUAUGUGAUCAAGUCAGAGGACUAUAUGUAUCGGAGGACUGCCCUGCUCCGGGCUCAUCAGUCCCAUGAGCGUGUAAGCAAGCGUCUACAUCAGAGAUUCCAGGCCUGGGUAGAUAAAUGGACCAAGGAGCAUGUGCCCCGUGAAAUGGCAGCAGAAACCAGCAAGUGGCUCAUGGGUGAGGGGCUGGAGGGCCUGGUGCCCUGUACCACCACCUGUGAUACAGAGACCCUGCAUUUUGUGAGCAUUAACAAGUAUCGUGUUAAAUACGGCACAGUAUUCAAAGCCCCUUAACUGCAAAGCCGGAGCAGAUAACUUGGGGUGUGUGUGUGUGUGUGUGUGGGCCUGCCUAUGCACUCACACACUGAAGAAACAAGGAAGAUGCCUUUCAAGCCUCACUGGGCCUCUCUGGGACAUGGCCACGUGACCUGUGUGUGGCUGGUGCAGCCUGGCGCCAAGUGGGCUACUUUAGGAACAUGAAUACCUUACAAAGCUGAAGCUGGAACUUUUCCCAAAGGGUUUUUGGUAUAGCCUGCCUUGGAGGGGAAGGAAGUUCAUGCAAGCAAGAACAUGCCGUUUGCUUGCACACACCAGCAGAGCUAAGACUGGAGUCUCCUGUGGCCUAACUUUCAAUGAGGGAACCGGAUGCUGUUCACACUUUGACUGCUUGGAGAUGCAUUUACAAAACAAGCUGGGGAACGAUUUAAUACUCCGAUGGAUUGGAACUACGAUGGUCACUGCUCCUCCUCUCCCCUCCCCACAAAAGGAAAAAAAAAACUGGAUUUUUUUUUUUUUUUUUUUUUUUUUUUUCUGGUCACUUGAGCACAUCUAAGAUCACCCAUUAGGUUUUAUCUGGGACCUGCAGUUUGGCUUUGGGAUAGAUCAUCUUGUGGAUUUUAUUCCUGACGAGUCCCUUGCUGCCUCCCUUUUUCUCUCCUCUGGUUCUCAGCCUCAAGAAGUUCAGAUCCGUCUUCCUUUUUAGCUCCCGUGGAACUGUUUUGUAUCUGCCUCUUUACUAGUCUGCCCCAGUGCAUCCGCCAGCUCCACUCUGUGACACACACGCGCACACACACGAUUUUAACUUGUUUUUUGUACAUAAUGUACAUACUGUCAAUUUUUUAUUAAAAGAAAUAUGCUUUGAUGUGCUAGCAUAACUGCUCUAGCUUCUUGUGUACCAUAGUACUAUGUGGCUUCAGAUUUAGUACCUAUGAACAGAUGUACAAGACAUUUAUUACACUUUUUACCAAAGGGAGUUACCAUUGUAGUACUUUUGUGUAAAACUUGUCUUCCCCUUUGCCCCCGACUUUUUUUUUUUUUUUUUUUUUUUUUUUUUUUUGUAAAUAAAUAAAGCUUGGUUCUUACUUUAAGGAA